AGAUUCAAAGAUGGCGCUUACGGCCACGCUAAGAAUGCACCGUGAAGCUGCAGUUCUGCCAUCACUCAAGAUGGCUGCCCCCAUCAAGAUGACCGGGGUGUGCCGGGGGGAAAGGGGCAGCAUGAUGGUCUGAGAUGGUGUAGCGUCGGACCAUGUGGAAGUUUCUGAGACUGGGGAGCCGGAUAAUAGGGGUGGGGCCCGUUGGGGGGUAAAGGGGCAAUAGCGUCCUUUCACAGGCUAACCCCGGCCCUUCCCAGUCCUCUGGACUAAAAUGGGGAACACAUUGGGCCUGGCACCAAUGGGGACUUUGCCUCGCCGGAGCCCCCGCCGAGAGGAACCCCUGCCAAACCCUGGGAGCUUCGAUGAGCUGCACCGGCUAUGCAAAGAUGUAUUCCCAGCACAGAUGGAGGGCGUGAAGCUCGUUGUCAACAAGGUUCUGAGCAGCCAUUUCCAGGUGGCUCACACUAUACACAUGAGUGCCCUGGGCUUGCCGGGAUAUCACCUCCAUGCGGCCUAUGCAGGGGAUUGGCAGCUCAGUCCCACUGAGGUGUUCCCCACUGUGGUAGGGGAUAUGGACAGCAGUGGCAGCCUGAACGCCCAGGUCUUGCUCCUCUUGGCAGAGCGGCUCCGAGCUAAGGCUGUCUUCCAGACGCAGCAGGCCAAGUUCUUGACAUGGCAGUUCGAUGGCGAGUAUCGGGGAGAUGACUACACAGCCACUCUGACCCUAGGAAAUCCUGACCUGAUUGGGGAGUCGGUGAUCAUGGUUGCUCACUUCCUGCAGAGCCUCACUCAUCGGCUGGUGCUGGGAGGAGAGCUAGUUUAUCACCGGCGGCCAGGCGAAGAGGGGGCCAUCUUGACACUGGCUGGGAAGUACUCAGCUGUACACUGGGUAGCUACAUUGAAUGUGGGAUCAGGCGGGGCCCAUGCAAGUUACUACCACAGGGCAAAUGAACAGGUUCAGGUUGGAGUGGAGUUUGAGGCAAACACAAGGCUACAAGACACAACAUUCUCCUUUGGUUACCACCUGACUCUGCCCCAGGCCAACAUGGUAUUUAGAGGCUUGGUGGAUAGUAACUGGUGUGUAGGUGCUGUGCUGGAGAAGAAGAUGCCCCCUCUGCCUGUCACCCUAGCCCUUGGAGCCUUCCUCAAUCACUGGCGCAACAGAUUCCAUUGUGGCUUCAGCAUCACUGUGGGCUGAGGUUGUCCAGAGCCAGCCCCCACAGCAGCUGGAACCUCUGAGUCAGGUGCCCUAGGGCCAGAGACUAGGCCCCUCUCCAGAGCCCACCUUGCUGGGUGAUCUCUAGGACCCAGGAGCAGAGUGGCGGACAGGACCAUGCCCUCCUCAGAACUGGAGCUGCCACAGGGGCUGUUGAUGAGGCAGAGGUUUGAGGGUCCCCCCUCUGCUACCAGCCCCAAUAUCACCUUCCCCAUGCUCUUGUGGCUGUGGACUAAGGGGGAAGGAUUAAGGGGUAUGGCUGAAUUCCCCCUGGCACCCCUUGCCCUCAGGCUUCCUUCUUCCUUUCCCUUUGGUUAAUCCUGCAUGGGAUUAGCUGACCAUCCUGUUUUCCAUCCCAGAGCCUCCCAAGGCUGGAAAAGUAGGGCUGAAGGGCUAGAUGUUUGGUCUCAGAAAGUGGGGCCCACCCAUUCCCAGAAGGAGCUUCUUUACCUCUUAGCCCUGAGGUUUCCUCCUUCCCAUCUUCUGUGCUUCCAGAGAACAACUUUGUUCCUAUGGUCACCCCCACUAUCCCCAUGACCGCAUGAAGAGGCAGUUAUUGCUUUAGUCUUUCAUUGCAACCACUGGGCUCCUUUGAACCCGGCCCAAUCUUUGGUCCCAGCAUUUUCCCACUCCAGUGUAUCCAGGGUGUCCCAGGUGAGCUGGGGAAGGAAGUGAGCCUGGUCUCAGCUGCAGAUCUCCUGGAGCAGCGGCAUCAUGGCAGACAGGCCCUGGAUGUGCUGGAUUUGGUACCCGUAGGCCUCAUUAAUGCUCCGGAGCUCAGCCAGCAGGCCUAGCAACUUCGCAUACAGAAACCUUUGGAGGAAGUAGUGGGGUUGCCAGGAAAACAGGAGGGAAAUAAGGCAGCUGGGAGUCUUGUCUUUAGGCCCUGAUCCCUUGAACUAUUCCUCAGUGAAGUCAGGUCUGAACAUUAGAGAAAAUCAUGCUCUGGUAUGACAGACUAUCAGAGGUUCCAAAGGUCCUCCGGGGACCUCGGUCUGACACUGUCUUCUCUCACCAUGCUCAGUUUUUUCUGAACCCAGAGCUCUGAGGGCCGAGUGUGAAGAAAGCUCCAGACUUGGCCAGAACUCCAACUGUGUGGAAUCUGAGGGCCUGGCCUUCUAGAGCAGGUUCUAGAAGGUGGAUGUGUUCUAUGGUAUAAAGCAUCCCCUUUCUGGCCAAACUAGCUCUUGGAGGAACGAGCAAAACAGAAGCGGUGCAUACCUCAGAGCCUGGAUAAAUCACAGACUAUCGAACCUGGAACUGGCUUUGACCAUGAAACUGUGAAUGGCCCUAACUUCAAGGGAAACGGAAAAUCAAAGGAAUUGGCCCAAUGGCGAGGAGAGGAAAGGCCAAGGGAAGAGAAAAGUCUGCGUUAGUCUGGAGAAGUUGGACUAGUGAGGUAAUGGAUGUCAUCGAUCUCAGGAAUGCUAUUACCCAGAGCCUCUGAGCUACUACUUUGCAUCUAUACUGAAUAAAAAAAAAAAUCUGGAAAAAGUGAGAUGAAACAGCAGUAUCCAAAUACAGCAAUUUGGAUGCUGAAACAAUGUGAGAUAGGGAUGGCCAGGGGGAAGGACUAGACCCCAAGAUACCUGAAUACCCUAAGGAAAGGACAGUAAAAAACAUUCUUCCCAA